AUGUUUGGACUUGGAGCAAGUCCCCACUUUCCAGAAGCCGGAUCCUGGUGGUGCAACCCUCCGUCUUUGGCCGCUGCAGAUUCCCCUUGGGAUGUCACCGAAAUCUCCACCUGGCAGAAGCACCUGGAAGAACAGACCAAGCUGAGCCCCUUGGAAGGAGAUGCAAAGGACUUUCUGCGAGCGGAGGAUCCUGAGCUGGAGGCCAUCAAGGCGAAGGUUCGUGAGAUGGAGAAAGAAGAGGAAUGGCUUCAGGAGCUACAAGCAGAAGCAAAGAGCCUCAUCAUGAGUUCGGAGCCAGGUCUUGCUUUACCCAGGACAACCGAGGAAAAGGUGGAAGCUGACCAGCGCUCCAUCUACGUGGGGAACGUGGAUUAUGGAGGAACCGCAGAAGAACUGGAGUCGCAUUUCAACAGCUGCGGGAAGAUCAACCGGGUGACCAUCCUUUGCGAUAAGUUCUCUGGCCACCCCAAAGGGUAUGCCUACAUUGAGUUUGCUGGCAAGAGCUCCGUAAAGGCAGCCAUGGAGCUGGACGAGAGCAUAUUCAGGGACCGCGUCAUUAAGGUUCUGCCCAAAAGGACCAACAUGCCAGGGAUCAGCACUACCGACCGUGGCGGCGCCCGGGCUCAUUUCCACGGCCGGGGAGCUUUGUCGCGCCGUGGCAUCUUCUGCAGCGGGCAGCACGCAAGGCCACGCGGAAGGGUCUACAGGGGCCGCGGAAGACUAUCUCCUUGGUAUGCGCCCUACUAGAUGGUAAAAUGAGAGGACCCAAGCAGUGGAAAAGAAUUGGGGAGGAAAUGCAGGCAAGCCCAUCAAAAUGAAGACUGUUCUCAUCUAUUGAUCUCUUGUGAGUUAUUUGUGUUGAGUUGUCAUUCUUCUAACAAAAAAAUUGCAGAGGAUUCCUACCUUCUUCUCAGAUACAACAAAGACCUUUGUCAGCAUCAGAGAAGACCUUUGUCGACACCCGAGGCUUGCGGACUGUCAUAUGGGUGCGCAAAAAGGACCCUUCUGAUUGUGUUUUGGCACUGCUGCGUGAGUUAUCUAGACAGUGGAUAGAAAACUAAAGCCUCACCAUAAUACCUGGACUGCCCUUUCCUUUCUCUAUCCCACCUUGCGAUAUUAGGUAUCCUGGAUCAUGCUGGAAAGUCCGUCGGUUGGUCUCCUUGGCACAGCUGAUAAUUCCUUGAUUCUGCCCAUUGAAAGGGGUUUGAGGAGGUAGGCAAGGAGUGUGCAGAUAGGGUUUUUUAUAUAUACACCGUGCUUAAACCACAUAAGGACUUGGCUCCCAGGAACGAUGCUGGGUCUACUCCUUAAAGGGAUGUGAACACGAUUGAGCUGUAGAAACCUGGCUUGUAAAAAUACCUUUUUCCUUUCCUAUUGGUGUAAAAUAGUACCUUGAAACCUGUGAAGAUGGUUGAGUUUAUAGAGGAGGGGGAAAAAGCAUCACCUUGUUUUUAUAAAUUGCACCAUGCAAAGUCCAGUCUUACAUUGUCCUUAAUUUGCCUUUCACUUCUAGUCCUCCUGCAGUAGCCAAAGAGAAAAUAGAAAAGAAACGUGUGCUCUGUUCUCUAACUUAAACAUCCAGUUUAAGCUCUAUAAUUGCAGAAUGGGAGGUGUGCAAUCUUACCUUUUAGCAGAUGGAAAAGGGUGACCUUUGGAUUUGGGCGAGUGAAAAAAUGUAAUGUUUUCAGUAAUAGUGUUCUUUUUAAAAAAUGGUUCCCCGGGGAAAUGUUUCCUGCACUUGACCCGACUGAGAUGAGCGAGAACAUGGCUCCCACCUCUUUCAAGGGGUUUGUGGCGGAGUAUUUCCCAGGUGAGUAAUGACUGGGCAGAUGUUGAAGGGAAGCAGAGUGAAAAAUUGGGAUUCUGUAUGAAAGCCUUCAUGCCUAUGAACAGAAAUGCAGUUUUGUCAUAAAGCUGUUUUGUAAGAUGUUAAAUAUAUUUUAAGCAAAAUAAAUGAUUCUACUAAUUAAACCAA